AAGCGUCGCUUGGCCAACGUUCGUGUGUUCGCGUGUGAAGAACUUUGCCCAUAGUUUUGGUUCAUUAUUAUUUGCAGACUUUAAAGUAAAUUGAACACGAUGUCGUCUGUAAAUCCACAGUACGAAAGUAUUGGAAAUCGUUUUGUCGAGCAGUACUAUGCCAUAUUCGACUAUCCGGAAACCCGAGCAAGCGUCGCAUAUUUCUACAGCGCCACAGACUCGUACAUGACCUUCGAGGGCCAUCAGAUACAGGGAGCUCAAAAGAUAUUAGAGAAAAUUCAGGAUCUGAGUUUCAAAAAGAUUGUACGAGUGUUAAGCGCUGUGGACACGCAGCCCACUCUGGCGGGAGGAGUUUUGGUCAAUGUCAUCGGACAUCUUAAGAGCGAUGAUGAUCCCCCGAUUUCCUUCACGCAGGCCUUUUUACUGAGGGCCAGCGGCAACUCUUUCUUUGUGGCCAACGAUAUUUUCCGUUUGUAUACGCACAAUUCUGCAUAA